AUGGAUAUUGUGUGGAAAAUAUUUGAUCCAGCAAUUGAUUUUGUGCGGGAUCAUGGUAUUAAUCAGGUGACCUACAUUUUUUGUUACAAAAAAAAUUUUGAGGAACUAAAGAAGAAAGUUAAGCGUCUAGGAGAAGUAAAAGAGAGGUUAGAUCGUCAACACGAUGAAGCUAAAAGAAAGGGUCACAUAGUUGAAGCUAGGGUUGAAGAAUGGUUUGGGGAAGUGGGCGAAUUUGAGAGUAGUGUUGAAAACUACAGCAAAAAUGCAGGUCACAAGAAGACAGGGGGUCGCUAUUAUUUUUUUCCUUACUAUAGACACAAACUGGGCAGACAAGCAAAGAAGAUGGAAAUAGAGGCUUUGAGGCUAAUAGAUGAGUCCCCCAAGAUUGACGAAGUUUCCCAUGCAGAGAAAGUAACAUCUUUUGACCUCACUUCAUCUAAUUCUGGCUACAUUGAAUUUAGUAGUAGAAAAUCCAUUAUGGAAGACAUAAUGACAAAACUUAAAGAUCCCAAUAUGAAAAUUAUUGGACUCCAUGGAUCACUAGGGAUGGGUAAGAGCACUUUAGUAAAAGAAAUUGCUAAUAAAGCUAAAUAUGAGAGGUUAUUUGAUAGGGUGGCUGAAAUAAAUGUAACUAUCAAUCCCAAUCCCCUUAAAAUUCAGGAAGAGAUUGCACAUGUGCUAGGAUUGCCAUUAACAGGGGAAAGUGAAAAUGUAAGAGCUGAUUAUCUAAGGAGAUGGUUAAAGAUAGAAAAUGUGAGCAUCCUUAUAAUCUUGGAUAACCUUCAUGAAAGAUUAGACUUGAAUAGGUUAGGGAUUCCGAUUGAUGGUGAUUAUGACUUAAGAAAGAAGAAUGAGUUAAGCAUAAGGUCAAGUAAAAAAGAUACAGACGACAACACACAGGGUACCGACGAAAAAGUGCUAGAAAAAGCAAAUUUUCUUAGUAAAUAUAAGGGAUGCAAAGUUUUGCUUUCUUCACGUGAUAAGAAAGUAUUUCCUGAUGAGGUUGAUGUUGAGUCCAAUUUUUGUUUAAAGGAAUUAGAUGGCAAUGAUUCCUUGAAGCUAUUUGAGGUGCAUGGAGGAGGUAAUAAAAUGUCUAUGCCUACAGAAGAAAUCCAAAAGUAUUGUGCAGGGUUGCCCAUGAGCAUAGUUAGAUUUGCAAAGUUAUUUAAAAACUGGAGUGAGUCAGAAAGCGAACCUACACUGGAAAAAUUUAAAAAGCAAGGUCUGGUUGAAUGGAAGGAGUCUUCGGAGAUUCCUAAUAAAAUAAAAUAUGACCUUCCAAAAAAUAAGGAACUCAAGUUCAUUUUCUUGCUUUGUGCUCAAAUGGGCCACCUACCCCUGGUUAACGACUUGGUGAAAUAUUGCUUUGGAUUAGGUAUACUUGAAGGGGUCUCUUCCCUUAGUGCAGCUCGUGAAAAAAUAAAUGAAGUGAUGCAAGAGUUGAAAAAGUUGAGUUUGGUGUCUUACGAAAAUCCUAAUAUUCAUUUCAGUAUGUCUCAUAUGGUUCGAGAUUAUGCUCUAAGUAAUGCCCUCAUGGAUCACAAUGUUUUUUCUUUUAGAGAUGGAAAACUAGAUUAUUGGCCCAAUCUUGAAAAAUGCAUUUCUAUUUCUAUAUGCAAUAGUGACAUUACAUGUCGGUUAAAAUAUUACAAGAUUGGAAUUGGGGACUUUGAAAAGUUUUCUAUUGGAGAAUUUAAAAUGCCCAAUAAGUAUGAAGAACUCAAAGUAUUGGCAUUACAGCUGAAGGACGACACUGACAUUCACUUCCAUAAAGGCAUAAAAUUGUUAUUUAAAACAGCACAAAGUUUGUUGUUGGGAAAGAUAGGUGUUCAAAAUGUUGUUAACGAGUUGAAUAUAGACGGAUUUCAGGAUUUGAAACACUUAUCCAUCAUAAAUAACAAUGACAUCAAAUAUGUUAACUCAACAGAUUUGUCUAAUACUGUAAACAUUUUUCCCAAUUUGGAAUCUCUAUGCCUCUACAAUAUGAUGAACUUAAAGAUGAUAUGUGACAGUUCAAUUACACUUGAAUCAUUUGCCAAAUUAAAAACCAUCAAGGUUGAGAUGUGUUACCAAUUGGAAAAUCUCUUCUCCAUCUAUGCGAUUAAAAUUUCUACUAGCACAAGAACAAGUGAGAUUUUUGAAUGUAAUUCUUACAUGAAGAAAUUUCUAGCUAGCUUAGAAACGAUUGAGGUUUGUGAAUGUGAAUCUUUAAAGGAGAUCCUUCAAAUACCAAUGGAUUGUGAUAAGGUUGAGUUUCUCAAAUUAGGCACUUUGACACUCCAUUCAUUGUCAUCACUUACUUGUUUUAAUACCAAAGUCAAAAGAUCUUGCUGGUCACAUUCAACAGAGGCUCAAACUAGAAAUAAGGGUCAUACAGAAAUUUCUACUGAUGAUGACCAUAGUGACAAUGUGCCUCUUCUUUUUGGUGAAUCGGUUGAAGUUCCAAACUUAGAGAACUUGAAUUUAUCCUCACUCAACAUCCAUAAGAUAUGGAGUGACCAACACUUGUCAAGUUUCUAUUUUCAAAACUUGAUAAAGUUAGUUGUGAAAGAUUGUAAUAAAUUGACACAUCUAUGUUCAUUACCUAUGGCUAGCAGUUUGAAGAAGUUGAAAAGCCUCAUCAUAAGUGGAUGUUUUAUCAUGGAAAGUAUUUUUGAGAUUGAAGGAACUAGUGCAAACAAGGUUUUUGUCUUCCCUAAACUAGAGGAAAUCCAUCUUAGCAACAUGAAGAGAUUAAGAGAUAUAUGGCAUACUAGAGUGAACAUUGAUUCUUUUUCAAGUCUCAUUUCGGUGAACAUUGAAGAAUGCAAUCAAUUGGACAAGAUUUUUCCGAGUCACAUGGAAGGAUGGUUUGAAAGUUUGAUUAACUUGAAAGUUUCUAACUGCAAGUCCGUGAAAGAGAUUUUUGAAAUUAGUGAUUAUGAAGAAAUAGAUGAAUAUGGUGGGAUAGACACAAAUUUGCAGAUUAUUCUUCUUAAAGACCUCCCAAAGUUGAAGGAAUUGUGGAGCAAAGAUCCACAUGGAAUUCUCAAUUUUAAAAAACUUCGGACUAUAGAUAUAAAUAAUUGUGAAGAACUGAGGAAUUUGUUUCCAGCUUCUAUGGCAAAAGAUGUAUCAAAGCUUGAACGUAUGUCAAUAUUGCAUUGUAAGAGGAUGGUGGAAAUUGUUUCAAGUAAAGAUGCAUCAGAAGCUAACAAUGAUCCAUUAGAGUUUCCUGAACUAAGCUAUGUGAGAUUAUAUGAGCUUGAAAACAUGAAGCAAUUCUACAAGGGGAGACAUCCAAUAAAGUGUCCAAAGUUGAAGGAAUUAAGCAUAGGCAAGUGUAUGAAGCUUAAAACAUUUUCACAAGAAACAAGUGAUGAAAAGUUUGUUUUCUCAGCUCAAGUGGUAUUUCCCAAGUUGGAGUAUAUGGAAAUAGACUUCAAGGAAGCCCAAAAUUUGUUAUCCAAGUACCAAAUGCACAAUUUAAAAGAGCUUAUUAUCUUGAAUGUCCAGCCCUCAAAUAUUUUCUACCGGUUUCUUUACAGAAUGCCAAAUCUAGAAAAGUUAAAAUUGACUGGCUAUUAUUCUGAAUCGUUAGAGCCACUAUGGAGUACAAAUGGGCAGCAAGACAGAUUGGGAGUCGUAUUACAGUUGAAGCAAUUGUUUAUUCAUUCCUCUAAUAUAAAAGAUCUGGGAUUUGACGGAGACCAAGUUCUACAGAGACUGGAGCUUUUGAGCUUAAAAUAUUGCUACGAAUUGAACACUUUAGCUCCUUCCUCUGUAUCGAUGAGUUACUUGACAUGUUUGAAACUGAAGAAUUGUUGGGGAUUAAGGAAUUUAAUGGCAUCCUCCACGGCCAAAAGCAUGGUUCAACUCAAGACCAUGAAGGAACAUGACAAGUUUUUGCAGUUACAAGAACUAUGA